AAAGACCACAGACUUAAUAAAGAUUAAACAAACACCAAGUGAAGUGACCAAGACCCAGAGUAUCAAUAAUAUUUUUUCCAAUAGUUUCUCUCUCUAAACCCUGUUCACAUUUCUCUCUCUUACCACAAACAUGGCGGGUCAGUCAGAAGGGUGCUGCAGGUGCUGCUUCAGCUUCAUAUUCUCGCUCGGCCUCACAGCCCUCUUCAUGUGGCUGAGCCUCCGCACCACCAACCCCAAGUGCACCAUCCGCUCAUUUUACCUUCCUGCCCUCAACCGGACCCUAAACGACACCAAAAACAACACCCUCUUCGUCACCCUCCGCCUCAAGAACACCAACAAUGACAAGGGAGUUUUCUACGACGCCGUCAACCUCACCUUCCGGCUUCAGCCCAACGCCACCGCCAAGCCCGUAGCAACUUCUGCUGUGCCCCGGUUCUACCAAGGCCACCAGAAGACGGCCACCAAGAACGUGGUCGUGGGCCCCCAAGAGGGGCUCAACUGGACCGCGGUGUCCAGUGGGGUCCAACCCAAUGGGAGUGUGAAUUUCAGGGUGGAUUUGGCCACUGCUGUGAGGUUCAAGAUCAUGUUUUGGAAGACCAAGAGGCACAGGCUGAAUGUUGGGGCUGACGUGCAGGUCAAUGACUCCGGUGGGAAAGUCAACAAGAAGGAUAUCAAGCUCUCUGCCGCACCAGAUCAUCACCUGAUUGGCUUCUUUUCUGGGCAGGUCGGGAUUUUGUCCAAUUUCUUGGUUUUGAUUUUGCUCAAUUUUUUGUGAUUUAUUUUUUAUUUCGUUGAUUUGCAUUCAGUGCUAUUUUUUGGAAAGCUCCGGAUCCCUUCUACUAAAUUCUCCCAAUCAAUCAAUUCGAAUUCUUGAAAUUUAAACUAAAAGUUAAAGUUAUUAUAAAUUUUAAAAGAAUUUCUGUUUGUAAUCGUUCGAUCAAAUUUUAAGGACCGGAUUGAUUAAUUAAGAGGAUUUGAUGGAAAAGAUCCGGAAAUGAUCCAUUUUCCUAUUUUUUCA